AUGGUGCAUCGAUUGGACGACUCCAAGCGGGCGGCGAGCCGCGAAGGAGACAGGGCACUUCAUGGCAUGGUAGACCAUGGCAGGACAGCGACGAGACAGGAACUGGGCAAUGUGGCUCUCGCUCCUAGCCAAGCCAAGCCGAACCAGCUACGUCCGGAUAUGGUUGUGGAGAGGGACAAGAACCGCCCGGGUUUGAUGCGCGAGACAAGCAAACACCAUGGACUGGCCUCUGCGCCAAAGGUGCAGAUGGCAGGUUUCAGUGCAUUCACACACUUCAGCCCGCGCCCGCGCGCACCCUCACGUAUCACGGGCAUAGGAAACCCAGCCGACUGGACGGACAGCGAUCCCAGGUUGCGUGGUUCCCUCUUCUCUUGUCAUGUCACCUUGUAUACAGGUAGAGGUAGCAGCGCAGCACCCUCACGCUGUCUGCUCGGACGGGGAGAGCGUGGUCUAGACCUGCUCGACCGUCGCAGUCGGCAUCUCGACACCCUGUUGGCCAGCAGCGUCCCCUGCUCUGCCGUGGCCGACCCCCGGCGUCCGUUUCCCUGGGCCGAUCUUGGAUAA